AGUUACACACCUGUCUCGAGUUUCAAAGAAACAUUUUGUGCCAACAGAAACAGGUGGUAUUCUUGCAAUUUCUUGCUCGUCACGCUAUAGUACAAGUGUACUCUAGAUACACACAAUAGGCUACAUGAGUCUGCACAAUCGGAGCAAGCUAUCGAAACUGGAGAGUACUCGAAACAUCAUGGACGCCAUCUUACCCAUCAAAGAUGACGACGCGCGCGAUCCAAAAGUUGGCAUCAGUUUUUGCCGUCAACAUGUGCAAAGAGCUACUCAAACUCUGGACUGGGGAGAUGUAUUUCUCUAUUUCUUCACUUAUUUACCUCUCUCUCUCUGUCUCUCCUUAUGUACAGGUGAAUGGUCUACAUUUCUAUACUCUGAAUCGAGAGGUCGCCACUAUUUCAAUCCUUACUGAACUAGGUAUGUGGUGUGAUGACCCGCUGUCACUGAAGACGUUGCCAUGGAAAGCUCCAGCCAGUCACAAGAGGUGUGCCGAAGACGUCAGACCAAUCUUCUGGGCCCAGAGACCCAAGAGCUACAUACACAGAACCAAAGAAUGGGAUGAUUUUCCCAACGGUCGCUGGGGCAACUCGUCCUCCCCGGCGUUCGGAGAGCUGGCCGACUACCACUUGUUCUACCUGCGGACCCGCUGGAAACCGGAGCGACUGCGGGUCAUGUGGGGGGAGGAGCUGAACUGCCCCGAGGACGUGUUCCAUGUCUUUGAGUGUUACCUCACCGGCAACAAGAACAAGAACGGAGUCAAGGUGACCAGUCUCCCGUGGAAUGACGACGAGCUCGCCAUGGAGACGUCUCUGCUGACUCAGCAGCUGGCGGCCAUCAACCGACGCGGAGUCCUCACGAUCAACAGCCAGCCUGCAGUCAACGGCCGCAGCUCCUCUGAUCCCGUGGUCGGCUGGGGGGAGAAGGGAGGCUUCGUCUAUCAAAAGGCAUAUCUGGAGUUCUUCUGUAGUCCGUCGUUCAUGAGAGCGCUAAUGACGGUCCUGGUGGACUAUCCUCAAGUCAACUACCACAUUGUCAACAGACAGGGAACGGAAAACAUGACAAACUGCGACUCCUACCAGCCAAUAGCGGUCACCUGGGGGGUUUUCCCUGGCAUGGAGAUCAUACAACCCACGGUCGUCGACCCUGUCAGCUUCCAUAUUUGGAAGGACGAGGCCUUCAUGUUGUGGGGGACCCACUGGGCCAGUCUCUACAGCCCCGAGUCCACCUCCCACCACAUCAUCUCUCACAUCCAGAACACCUACUACCUCGUCAACCUCGUCGAUAAUGACUUUGUCACUGGAAACGUCCUCUUUCAGCUGGUGAACAAGGUACUGGACGGUAUGAGCAAAGCCAGUAGUCCCACAACUGAGACUGACCAAAACUCUCUCCCCUCCUCCUCCUCCUCAUCUUCAUGACUUCCUAUUGUCUAAAAUUUUUUUAUUGCGCGUGCGCACAUUUUUGUUAACAAAUCACGUGAUUCUAGCAGCCACGCCCUGUGCUCAUUUCUCGUCUGGGUUUUGUUCUUCGCCCAGCGUUUCCGACAGUUUUCAAGGCCCGCUUUCGAUCGACGAGGUCGACCACUGACGACACAGUAGUACAGCCGGCCAGAAGCAGCUCACGUGACUCAGAGAUGGCUACUGGAGGAGGGGACCAAGUCUGGACGUGGAAGAAACCACUCCCUCCAAGUAAAGCCGCACUCAGGAAGGUCUUUGAGAACACCAGUAGACCUCAGUGACCUCUGCAACCGUCUCUCCAUCCCUGAUGAUAAGAGAGAUGUUGACAGUGCAGUAGAGUACUAUGUACAGAGUACAGAUCCAAUGAAAAUGAGAAAGAUGAUAUUCUGGCUGGACUGAUUGGAGACACAGCUCUAGCAGACUCAUUGAUGGAGUAUGCAGAGCCCCCAGCAGAUCCAUCCCUCAAUCCACACCUCCUCAUACCAGUCUUUACUGCCAUAUCUGGAGACUGGGGGGAGAUUGCAUGCUACACUACAGUACCAGAUGCCAGGGCUGCUCUCUUCCGUGAGAAGUUCAGUGAUCGUGAUCAAGUCACUGCUGAGGCUGGGAAGUACUACGCUCUCUAUCAUCAUGAUCCCAGCUGGAAAGACUUAUCCUGCAUCUCUAUACAGCAGGAGAAACAAAGGCUGUGGGGAUUGCCAAACCUCACGUACAGACUGUGACUGACCCCAGCCUGACUCCAGCCAACAUCCUACAAGUCACACGCCAUGUCCCACUGUGGAGGAGUGGGAUUCCUACACUAUCUUGACAUGCCAGAGAGCCAGCAUGAUGAGAUAGUAGGAAAGUUUGAUGAUGAUGAGGAGGCGAAACGAGAAUUGAUCACUACAUGGCUGGCCGGUCACCCCUGUCCUACCUGGGAACACGUUAGGAGACCUACUGGAGGAUGGAGUUGGGGGUGAGGAGGGAGAGAGAGCAGCACGUGAGGUGGAGGAGACAUACCUCAAGAGUGAGUUAGUAAUCAUUACGUUUGUCAACAACAACAUCGAGUUUACAUUAUGAUUGUUGUAAUGACAUGAUUCGAAGGGUGAUAGUGAAGCCAGUGCUAUAUCUUUAGCUAAGCAUUGUUCAUUGGACACAUGCAGCUUCAGUGUACAAUGUACAUGAGCAUCUAUGUACCUACAUGUCUAGUGUUGGGUGUGGUUUGUGGUUUGUAACCAGAUGUACACG